AUGGAGACUGGAAGGGUGCUCACUCUGCGGAAAAGGCAAGUCUUGAUUCUCUUUGUUUUACUGGGAUUGUCUCAGGCGGGUCUUGAAUCUGGGAGCUAUUCUGUGGCAGAGGAAAAUGAAAUUGGCUCCUUUGUGGCCAGUCUGGCAAGGGACCUGGGGCUGAGGGUGGAGGAGCUGUCCUCACGGGAGGCACGGGUAGUGUCAGAUGAUAAUAAAAAGCAUUUGCACCUUGAUUUGCUGACUGGGGAUUUGCUGUUAAAUGAGAAACUAGACCGAGAAGAGCUCUGUGGCUCCACCGAGCCCUGUGUGCUGCAUUUCCAGGUGUUACUGAAAAACCCUUUACAGUUUUUUCGGGCUGAGCUGCACAUUAAAGAUAUAAAUGAUCACUCUCCUACAUUCCUGGAUGAGGAAAUACUUCUGAAAAUAUCAGAAAGUACCACUGUUGGAACAACAUUCUUACUGGAGAGUGCUCAAGAUUUGGACAUAGGAAGUAACGGUCUCCAAAACUACACAAUUAGCCCCAGUUCGCAUUUCUGCAUUAAAAUUAGAGACAGCAGUGAGGGAAAGAUAUACCCAGAGCUGGUCCUGGACAAAGCAUUGGAUCACGAGGAGGAGCCUGAACUGAGAUUAACACUCAUAGCUCUGGAUGGUGGGUCCCCGCCCAGGUCUGGGACAACUGUGGUGCUCAUCAGUGUUUUGGACAUCAAUGACAAUGCCCCUGAGUUUUCUCAGGGGCUCUAUGAGGUGCAGGUCCUGGAGGACACAUCCCUGGGCUCCUGGGUUAUCACUGUCUCUGCUAAGGAUUUGGAUGCAGGAAAUUAUGGGAAAAUAUCUUAUACAUUUUUCCAUGCAUCAGAAGAUAUUCGUAAAACAUUUGAAAUCAAUCCAAUAUCUGGAGAAGUUCAUUUAAGAGCGCUCCUAGAUUUUGAAGUAACACAAUCUUACACUAUAAACAUUCAGGCCACAGAUGGUGGAGGUCUUUCAGAAAAAUGCAUUCUUCUGGUUAAAGUAAUGGAUAUAAACGACAACCCACCAGAAGUGACCAUGUCAUCAAUUACAAACAGAAUUCCAGAGAAUGCACCGGAGACACUUGUCGCUGUUUUUAGUGUCCGAGACCAAGACUCUGGUGACAAUGGAAGGGUGAUUUGCUCUAUUCAGGAUGACCUCCCCUUCAUUCUCACACCGACCUUCAAGAAUUUCUUCACUCUGAUUACUGAAAAAGCACUUGACAGAGAAAUGAGAGCUGAGUACAACAUCACCAUCACCGUCACAGACUUGGGUUCCCCUAGACUGAAAACCCAGCAUAGCAUCAUUGUAUGGGUCUCCGACGUCAAUGAUAAUGCACCCACCUUCACCCAAACCUCUUACACUUUGUUGGUCAGUGAAAACAACAGCCCUGCCCUGCACAUUGGCAGCGUCAGCGCCACAGACAGAGACUCUGGAACCAAUGCCCAAGUCGCCUACUCCUUGCUGCUGCCCCAGGACCCACACCUCCCCCUCGACUCCUUGGUCUCCAUCAACGCAGACAACGGGCACAUGUUCGCUCUGAGGUCGCUGGAUUAUGAGACGCUGCGAGAGUUCGAGUUCCGCGUGGGCGCGGUCGACGCAGGCUCCCCGGCGCUGAGCAGCGAGGCCCUGGUGCGCGUGGAGAUUGUGGACGACAAUGACAACUCGCCCUUCGUGCUGUACCCGCUGCAAAAUGGCUCUGUACCCUGCACUGAGCUGGUGCCCAGGGCGGCUGACGCGGGCUACUUGGUGACCAAGGUAGUGGCAGUGGACAGUGACUCAGGCCAGAACGCCUGGCUGUCCUACCAGCUGCUCAAGGCCACGGAGCCCGGGCUGUUCAGCGUGUGGGCGCACAAUGGCGAGGUGCGCACCGCCAGGCUGCUGAGCGAGCGCGAAGCGGCCAAGCACAGACUCGUCGUGCUGGUGAAGGACAAUGGUGAGCCGCCAAUGUCGGCCACCGUCACACUACACGUGCUCCUGGUGGACGGCUUCUCGCAGCCUUACCUUCCGCUUCCGGAGGUGGCCCCAAACGAGGCCCAGGCAGACUCGCUCACUGUCUACUUGGUCAUAGCGUUGGCUUCAGUCUCGUCGCUCUUCCUGUUCUCGGUGCUCCUGUUUGUCGCCGUCCGGCUGUGCAGGAGGAACACGGCCGCCUACGUGGGUCGCUAUCCGGUGCCCGAGGGACACUUUCCGGACCACUUGGUGGACAUCAGCGGCACUGGGACCCUGUCCCAGAGCUACCAGUAUGAGGUGUGUCUGACAGGAGGUUCUGGGACUAAUGAGUUUAAAUUUCUAAAGCCGAUUAUUCCCAAUCUCCCAGUCCAAGAUUCUGGUAGGAAUAUGGGGGAAAACGCCAACUUCCGGAAUAGCUUUGGAUUCAACAUUUAA